GUGCUCCCUGGCCGGUUCCGAUCAGUUCUGAGUGGGAUGUCUGGCAAAGCGGUUUAAUCGGAGGUGCACAGCCCUACAUAAAUUUCGCGAUCGUUUUUUGAUUCCAAGCGACGGUGUUUGGGACAUGAUAGUGUCCCGCGGUGACUUACCAGAUUGCUGACCGGAAAAAACAGUUUCUCACUUGGGUCAAACUGAUUUACCCUUACACCGAGCAAUGUUACUACUAGAGAGUGCCGACAGCAUGGAUCAGAGUAUGCCCGAGAACCUCAGCACUCACAUGUACGGCGAGUGCGAAGUGAACUCAGCUGUUCCCAAGUUUCAUGAUCCAGUGGAAAGUGACCGUGAUCCACAGACCAAAGAGUCCUGUGCCCCAGCUGCGAUAGCCAGUUCAUUGCCUCCCCCUAACACAAGCACCAAAGUAAAGCUAAGUUUCAGUGUCGAUCGACUUCUGGGCUCCGAGUCCAGCGAAUCUCACAGGAAGAACCCUUCGUCGUCCUGCUGCGAUGGCAAUGUAUUUUCCUGCUGCCCGUUUCCACACUGCAUCAGCCAAGCAAAUGCCGAAACACGUAAGUUCGGACAUCCUCCGAUCGCUGUAUCUGCGGCACCCACGUCAAUGCACCCAUACCCUUAUGUGGGACUUGAUAAACUAUAUCCUAGCAUUUAUAUGGAUUACAAAUCAGUGCUGAGACCGACGCCAAUUCGUGCAGAAGAACACGCCGCACCCACUUAUCCAACGCUGGCCACAAACGCGCUCCUCCGCUUCCAUCAUCAUCAGAAACAGCAGCAUCAACAGCACCAUCCAAAACACCUCCAUCAGCAGCACAAGCCCCCGCAACAUAACUCGACGACAGCUUCGGCACUGCUGGCGCCUCUUCACAGCCUCACGACCUUGCAGUUGACGCAGCAACAGCGGUUUCUGGGCAAGACGCAGCAGCAGCUACUGGACAUUACUCCCACGUCGCCCGCGCCAGCCACAUUGCAGAAUGGCGGUUACCCACAACAGGGCAGCAGCUCCAAUCUAAGUAACACCGGAAGCAGCAACAGUGGGAAGCGCAAGCGCUCCUGGUCCCGGGCCGUCUUCACAAAUCUUCAGCGCAAGGGGCUCGAGAUUCAGUUCCAGCAGCAGAAGUAUAUCACUAAGCCAGAUCGCCGGAAGCUGGCGGCACGACUGAACCUCACAGACGCUCAGGUCAAGGUGUGGUUCCAAAACCGUCGAAUGAAGUGGCGGCACACGCGCGAAAAUCUAAAGAGCGGCCAGGAGAAACAACCCACUGAGGUACCGGGAGGCGGAAGUGGCAUUAAGGCUUCGACGAUAUCGGGCGGAAGUACUCCCCAUGAGACUCUCGAUUACAGUUCCGAUAGCUGUUCUAGCGUGGAUUUAAGCGAGCAGGCCGACGACGAUGACAACAUCGAAAUUAAUGUGGUCGAGUAGACUUUUCUCCAUACAAAUAGGUAUCUACACCACUGUCGAAUUCGGCUUACACAUGUAAAAUUCCUUGCAGAUGUAUUUAUUUCAAUGGUUACGAGCAGUAAUGUAGAUAUGUACUG